AUGGCCAAACAUAUUUGGAGUAUUAUAAGUAAACGUGACUCUAUUUGGGUGCAAUGGAUUCAUGACUACAAGCUUAAGGGGAGGAAUUUUUGGGAGGUUCCUUGUCCGGGUAGUAUGAGUUGGGGAUGGAGGAAAAUAUUGUCCAUUCGAGGUAUUGUGAGACCCUUCAUCUGGUAUUUGCUCAAAAGUGGUAUGCAAGCAAAUGUUUGGAGCGAUAAUUGGUGCCAUGUAAGUCCGUUGCGCUCAUUUAUUACUCCUCGUGCUAUAGCAAAUGCAGGUUUUAAUUUGAAGUUGUCGGUUGCGGAUGUAAUUGAUGCGAAUGGGAAUUGGAGAUGGCCCCAAGCUUGGUUUGAUUUGUUUCCGGUUCUAAUAACUAUUCAAACGCCCCAAUUGGCUGAAAAUGAUAUUGAUCGUUUGGUUUGGAAAGAUUUGGAUGGUAAUGUAGGUGACUUUGAAGCAGCUCAAAUAUGGAACACGAUUCGAAACAGGGAUAACAUUGCGAACUGGGCUCAUAUGGUUUGGUUCUCUCAGUGUGUUCCUCGGCACUCAUUUCAUAUGUAG